AUGUAUAGAAUACUAGGAUAUUUAAUAUAUAAUAUAACAUUUCGACUAUUUGUAUUAAUAAAAAUUUUAAAUUUUUAUUAUCAAUUGAUUAGUUAUAAAAUUAGAAAUAUAAUUUCACAAUUUUUUAUGUAUUUAUAUAUUAAAUCACCCAAAGACUAUAUAGAAUUUAUAAACUCUAGUAUAAUAAUAAAUAAUAAUAAUAAUAAUAAUAAUAAUAGUAAAAAUCAUAAUAAUAAUGAUGAUAACACAAAAAUACCAAAACAUUUGGCACUCAUUUUAAAUCAUAAAGAUCAAAGCAAAUCUAUUCAAAGCAACCAAGACACUUUAAGCUUUUACAAUAAACUAUCUGAAAUUAUAAUAUGGUCUCAUAUAAUUGGUGUUAAUAGAAUUACAAUUUUAGAUAACCACGGUUCUUUAAAAAAGAAUAUCUCAACAUUUCAAAAUAUUUUAGAUAACAAUAUAAAACCAUUUAAUAAUUUUAACAAUGAUAUAAUAUAUAGCUUCAAAUGGUUAAACAAUAAUAAAAAUAUCAAUAGUGAUAAUGAUAAUAAUAAUAAUAAUGAUAUCAAUAAAAACAACAAAAUAAAGAACAGAGUUUUAACAUUAAGUGUUGCUACUGUAGAUGAUGGAAAACAGGAAUUAAUCAAUAUUACCAAAAAGUAUAUUAAGCAAUCCAAAACCAAUCAAAAUUUAGAAUUAAAUGAAUCUUUUGUAAAUUCAAACUUACCAAAUUAUAUUGGCGGUAUUAAUUUUGAACCCGAAGUAGCAUUAGAUUUUAGUGACAAACAAUUAUUUUCAGGAUUCCUUCCAUGGCAUGUUAAAUUAACAGAGUUUAUUAAAGUAGACCAUUUUCAUCAAUUUUAUUUUGAAAGAUAUUGUCAGUUUUUAAAAAGAUAUGGUAAUAUUAAAAAAAGAUGUGGAAAGUAA